AUGGAUUUCAAUGAGUUUAUCGGAAUAUGUGGCAGGUCUCCAUUCGCAGAAGAGUUCCGAGGCGACUUUGAUGAAGCGUGGGACCGGCUCCAGCAACAUCAAUUUGACGAUUUUCUGAUCGAGCCGGAGCAACAUGCCGAGUAUCUUCGAUGCGUUUCUCUUUACUCGAUCCUGACAGGCAGGUUGGCAUGUUCAUAUGAGAGUUUGAACAAGCUCCAUGGUCUUCUCGACCGGUUGCCCCACUCUUGGGGCCUUCGCUGGUCGAAUUACACGAUGCUGACCCAUUUCAAUCGUCGCUAUGCACCGGGACUUCACUUCUAUCACGAGCGCGGCAGGCCAAUAAGCAUAAGCAUGCUGAAGGAAAUGAUUGGACCGGUCGAAUUAGAUCAAAUUUUCAGGGCCAAUUUUGACACACAUUGCUCAACUGGAGCUCAGCCUGAUCGGGUUCUUUGUGAAGCCCUUGGCUCCAUUCUGUGGUUUCCUAUAAUGGCACGGAACCUGACGACCAAGUUUCAUCCUCUCAGCCCCAAGGGUCCAUGGCAUACGCCAAGUGCAGAUUCAGCUUCGCAAGUGGGUCAACUUUCGAAUGGCUUUGUGAGACAUCGAGAUAUGGCAUCGGGAAAUGGGGAACCCGAGAUUGGAUCUUAUUUAAGUCGCCUCAUAGUGGAGCUUCAUCAAGCUGGUGAUUCUACCACAUCAAGCGUUGCACUCCGAGACCUCUUCGAUAUGUAUCAAACGAGUGGAGAUACUGUGGGCAUGGGGGACUGUAAAGUUAUGGAAGCCGACAGUCUUCUCAGUCCAGUUUUUGCCAGCCCAAUUUCUUUAAACCUCACUGUGAUUGAUUCGUCCUCAUCAAUUGGGGAUAAUACUGUCUGGGAUGCCAUUGAAUUCAAUCUUCCAUUUGAAUAUUCACCAAAGGCCAGUAUGUGCUAUGAGUCUGCGUUGGCUCUGUUCCAGAAAACUGGUUGCAGACGAGGCCAAGCGGCCGUGCUACUUCGACAAGGAUGUUGCUUGCAUAUUCUGGCAAUACCACUGCGAGUGACAAAGAAGGAACGAGUUGACCUACUAGGUAAAGCCGAUAAAAAAUUACAAGACGCCCUGAAACUAUUUGGGCGGGACGAGGCAAAUGCCCAAAUAGUCAAAGUCCACCAAAUUCUGGUCUCGAUCAGCAAAGGACAAAUGAGUACAUUCCGAGUGAAACUGGCCGGCAAAGAUAUUGGACUCUGGGGCCUUAAUGCAAUGAACGAGAACUUGGUUCACUUCCUUGGUGUUUUGACAUCCCGGUUCGCACUUCGGGAAUGGCGGAGAUUUUCGCGUCUUGACUCGUCAUUGCUUGCUUUGGAAUUUGCGGAGGCAAUGUUUGAGGCUCUCGGGGAUACUCUUCCCAUGUUCCAAGCCGUGGUGUGCCAAGCAUCAAUGCAAAAUGAGGUUUUCAACUUAUCUGCAUCGCGAGUUCUGAUCGAAAAGGCUAUGUCUAUGUUCGAAGAGAUUAGGGACUAUUACGACGCCAGGAUAGCACUUGCGCCGGAUACAGUAGCCGGGAACAAUGAUAGGGGCACUCUUUUGAGCAGCAAAUUCAAUACUAUUUGGUCAUUCGGUAUGCAAGUAGCUGCCGUUUAUGUUCGAGUAGGAGAUCGUGCUGCCUUCGCUGCGUGGCAAUCGAGGCUCACAAAUUUUAUCCAACAUGACACAAGUUUUCAGAUCAUGAGAGAUGGGUCGCAGCCAUCUAAUCCCAGUUCAUCGUUGACACUUCAAUACCCACCCAGGUCAGAAAUCUGGGAGAAUGCAAUGGCAGAAGAUGCUAUCAAGGUAAAAUAUGCUUCAGCCGAGCUUGACUUCCAUCAACAUUUAGACGCAGGCGAUAUUGAAAAGGCAGAAUCGGCCCUUCGUCGGUUUUUGGAUAACGCAAACGAGUUAGGGCAGGUCUCCAUGAGACAUUUCUAUUGCAUCUUAGCCUGCGAGCGCAUUGGGGAUUUAGCCAGAGCUCGUUCGAUAUUGGAUAGUAUCGAUGAUAACUGUCUGUUCGAUGGUAGAUUGGCGCAUUACACGGAACCAAUCAACAGUGAUAGUCCAUUCUGGAGCACCUUCUCGACCGUGGCCCAGAAUGCAGUGACAUAUAGCAUUUUCGCCCAAGACUUUGACAGAGGUUAUCGAUUGGUGAAUCUGAUUACGGCUGCUUUGCCAGACUUUUUUGAACGACCAGUCGAUGGCAUUCGCGAGUUAGCCUUUCGCCUCGCUCAAUACGGAAUAAUUAUGAUGGAAAAUCACUUCCCCGAGCUAGCGUUCUCUUCCUUCCUCCGGGCUUGUCAAAUUACCGAGCUUCGUCGAUCGCAAACCAGUGAUGUAGAUGCCCGAUUUGGAAGUUCAAUGGCAGGAUGGCAAGGUGAAACCUAUCUCAAUAUGGCAAGUCUCUGCCUUAAGUGUCGUGACUCCGGGGUUCCCAUUGCUGUAUUGGAUCAUUACGAACAUGGCCAUCCCUCUGGCAUAUCGUGGGAUGAACAUGCGUUGUUGUUCACAGAAUCCCAAAGGACAUGUUCGGUACUCGAUUCGUUACAGAUUCAGCAUAGCCAACGUGGGCUAGUCGAGCCAAGCAGCGCCUCCAUUCCUACGGCCAUUCAUAAGCUCAGGGCACUUAGAUCGCUACUCUCCCUUCAAUCCCCAACGCCAGAAGAAAUUGCCGAGAUCGCUGAGCUCCAAGAUCAGAUUCAGGAAUUGGAAAAUAAUGACUGUAUUUCUCCUGCGACGAGCUUUAUUGACGCUACCAGCACACCGAUCGAACCUCGCUUGAUAUAUCAAUGCAUUCCUGACGAUGCUGUUGUUAUUCAAAUAACAUUUGGUGCACGAGGGUUCAUCGCGUUUGCCGUGACCAGAGAUGGCAUUCAAUAUGUGCAACAAGGGCCAGAACGUGGAAGCGAUAUAAGAAGGCCUGUGAUGAAGUUCAUGCAAAUCACAGGGGAGAUAGCCCAAUACUCGGGUGACGAUAAGUUUGAGCGCAGAAAGAUGCUCGAUGACCUUUCUGAGGAGCUAUCCUCGGUGCUGAUAGCACCAUUCUCAAUGAUCAUUCGAUCAAAGAAGAACAUCAUAAUCUCCUGCUCCGAGCCUCUGACAGCAUUUCCCUUCUCCGCACUGGUUUUUGAUGGAAAGCCCUUGAUUUUACACGCUGUUGUAUCUCACACCCCGAGCAUGGCGGUUUUGUUCUAUCUAUCCAAGCGCAAGUCCGCGACAGAAGCGCGAGCUGUUUCUGUCUUCGCCAAGUCACCAAACGCCAAUCCACCAGGAGAUGAAUCAAACACACGAAACGAACUCAACGGGAUAAACCUACAUAUGGCGGCAAUUGAGGCAGUCAAUAUUGCCCGUAUGUUCGCCACUUGGCCUGUCGAAGCAUCUAAUCUUUCCAGACAGGAAUUUUGCAACUACAUCCAGGGUGAAUCCUCGAUCAUUCAUAUCGGAACUCAUGGCUAUAUUGACCCUCGCAAUCCUCUUCUUUCCUCAAUCUCAAUUGGCCAAAAUUUCCGCGUCCUAGACAUGUCUACUAUCCGAAGUUCAGCCCGUCUUCUCGUUUUCGCCGCCUGUCUAAGCGGCCUGGGCAAGGCUACGCCUAGCGCAGAUGUCUUAGGCUUCUCCCAUGUUGUCUUGAGCAGUGGUUGCCAAGCAUACAUUGGCACACUUUGGGAAGUUAGCGAUCUAGCUUCGAUGAUGAUUAUGACUUUCUUUUACCGAUACCUGAAGAGCAACGCGAAUUUCUCUACUGCCGAGGCUAUGAAAGAAGCUCAAAUUCAAUUUUUGCAUCUGGACAGUGAUCGAGCUGAAGACUUAUUGACUAGUAUGCUAGAAGGCUGGACUGCACCUGAUGAAAAUGGCAAUUUACCCGCGGACUUUGUAUCGGAUCAAGAGUUCAUCUUGUCUACAUGGAAGAUGACUCUGUCGCAGAUCGAUUGGUCUGAUCCUUACUAUUGGGCAUCUUUCAUGUUGAUUGGCUAUGGAGACCUUCGAUUUGGGCCCGCGAACCCCGUCUAG